AUGAGACUUUUGGUAUGGGCCUGCGGCGUCCUGGCGUCGUUAACGCCCAUCGUCUCUGCGACCGCCCUCACCUAUAAGUUGAGCGCCAACGAGAAGGCCUGCUUUUUCAGCUCCGUGGAGCAUUCAGGCGCCAAGAUCGCAUUUUACUUCGCUGUCCAAGCAGGAGGCUCAUUCGAUGUCGACUAUGAAGUUGUUGGCCCUAACGAGAAGAUCAUGAUGGACGGGCAGAAGGAGCGUCAGGGAGACUUUGUCUUCACGGCUACUGAGGUUGGGGAGUACAGGUUCUGUUUCAACAAUGAGAUGAGCACCUUCGCCGAGAAAUUUGUGGACUUCGAGAUAACUGUCGAGAAUGAAGAGCGCACAAGCUUGCCAUCCAAGCAAGGCACUUCGCCCGAGCAAACCUCCGCCCUGGAAGAGUCUAUCUUCAAGCUCUCCGGCCAGCUCUCAACAAUCACCCGCAACCAGAAAUACUUCCGCACGCGAGAGAACCGUAACUUCAGCACCGUCCGAAGCACAGAGCGGAGGAUCUUCAACCUCAGCAUAAUAGAAAGCUUGAUGAUGAUCGCAAUGGCUGCGCUGCAAGUCUUCAUCGUGCGCUUCUUUUUCCAGGUAAGCUCCACGGUGGACUACCAGUCAGUCAAGAAGCUCAUGCUGUCACCCCAGGGCGCCAGGAAGGGCUAUGUAUGA